GGACGUUGCCGACGAGAACUGCAGCUAUUGUCAUCGAGAUCCAUCGUCGUCCCCCUGUCCCCAAUCAUUUUCAUGAGCGCCAAAACGCACACAGCAGGUAAGAUCCAUCGAUCGCAAGAGAAGAUGGAGGGUGGAGGAGAAAGAGGAGAAGAGAUCCAUGGCAUAGCGCCGUUGUGGAAGGGACAGUGGAUCCUGGCGGCCUCGACGUGCCAGCUCCGCCUCGAGUGAAAGUGGGAGAUUUUGCUUUCUAUCCAUUUGCGUUCGCCAGUGACAAGCGCGCCGUGAUCGCGGACGAACGUGCAGUUUUUCGUGGCAAUGAUAUUUGAUGCGCAAAGUUAACGGCACGAUUGACAGUUCGCAUCUACUGAAGCUGCGAUCCGCCAACGCGACACCGUGUCGAAUGGGGACCGGUUGGUCGAUCGCGCGAUGAGUUGAGGACCCCGGCUAAGGACCUCCGGUGCGUGCAACUUCAACGGAAACAACAUCGGCGGUGACCUAAAGCCAAGAGAGACAUGUCGAGGAAUCGAAGAGAAGGAGCGGCUUCGCGCGGCCAGGUCCUACUCCUGCGCCUGCUGUUGGCCUGCGCGCUCAUCGUCAUCAGUUGUCAAGAGGAAACGGUUCGAUCUUGGGACAAACUCUCACAGUUGAUACCAACAAAUUCGGUCUAUGAAAAGCAAGGUCGAAAUGCAUCGCCGUCCGGUAAUGAGGCCGAUGCAUCGUUGGCGCAAUCGUUGGACGAGAACCACGUGAUGGAUACAUCGAAAUCGAAGGAGGAAGACGAUCACGUGGAGGAAGAGGAGGAAGAACCCAAACUAACAUACGAAGAAUAUGAAGAUGAAAAUAAGUAUGAAGAGGAAGAGGUCGAAGAGGAGGAAGAGGAGGUCGAAGAGAAGAAAGAAGAGGAGGAAAAAGGUUCCUCUGAUAUCGACAAAAGCGCAACGAAGAAGAGAUCUCCGGCGGAAACCAGUAGCAUGUCGAAUAUUGAGGCGAGAGACAAUUCUAGGGAUGAAGAUUAUCUCGAAGAUCCCCCGACGAAUCAGUACGACAAUACAUAUUAUUAUUAUGAUGAGUACGAAAACGGAAAUCAUUCUCGAUAUGAGCCCGCAGACGGAGAAAAUCUCGAUUACCCAGACGCGGAAUCCGAAGAAGACAUUACGCCGGAGAAUUUGCCAGAAUCAGCGCUAGAAAAAGAAGACGAAGAUGUCUCGCAUGAGUCAUCUACCAAUUCAUCAUUAAUCGAACGAGAAAUCGACGAUACGGUUUCACCGAUAGAUGCGGAACAAGGCUCAUCUAUGGAGGGCAGCGAUAAAAUAUUUGCCGUUCUCGGUGCAUCCAAGGAAAAGUCUAAUGAUAGUGUCCCUGUCGAGGCGAGUUCCAUCCUGAUAGGCGGUGCCGUGGUAUCUGUGGUGACCACAAAAAGUGUGGUAAACGGCACAAUAUCGGUGCCGACGACGGCCGCUCCUACUAGCACGGAGCAAGUCGCGCCGCCGUCACCUUCGUUGACCGAAACAACGGAACAAUAUCCAGAAAUAACCACGGAGGACUCCAGGAUUCUCGCCUCCGUGCAGACUAGCCGUAGCAUAUCGGGUGCGCGCUUUUUACCGUUUCCGGUAAUAGAUCACGUGGAACAGAUUGAGGCGCAUAACGAAUCGCCCGAAAGCAAGAAAACGUCUCAGUCUCCGUCCGAAUCUACGGAGAGUAUCAUCGACAAACUCGACUGGGCUCAGUCCAAAUUGUCAAGUGAUCUCUUGCCGGCCGCCAUACUCGGCACUGGUGGUUUCCGGAAUGCCGGCAAUACGUUACAAUUGGACGUGCUGGCUGAGAGAGAUCGUACGACGACUCGCAGGAGUUUUACUACUACGAUCAAAACGCCAGUCAUUAGCAAGUUUGUACCUCGACGUUACAACGAUAAAAGAUUAGAUCAUGCUGGCACUACUAGCACAACGAAGCCGCGAUUUGAAAUCACAGUCGAUAAUCUGGAAGGUUUGCUACCUCGGAAUUACGUAUCGAGAGGAACUACACCGAACACAGGACUUCCUAAAAUAAAUUUCAGGUGGCCUUCCUCAAAACCGGCAACGUCCACGGAAAUAACAGAGACGAAGGCCACGUCGACCACACCACGAACAAAAUCUAAAACCAAUAUUGUCAUUCAAGAUAUUAGCGCAUUCUUACCACCAGGAUAUAAAUUGAAAAAAGAAGACAUAGCUGUUACUGAAAGUUCACUUUUAAGUGACAUUCUCGCCAAAUCCAAGGUUGACAUUUCAUCCCUCUUACCAACUGACUAUGAUAAGAGGAAGAUCGAAGAAGAAUCUAAGUCGAAGGGUACCACAAUCACAACGACGACAUCGACAACAGCGAAAAGUACAAAUGUUUCCCCGGAAAAGAUUGCCUCUUCUAUUCAAGAUCUCUUCGCAUCUUCCAAAGUCGACAUCUCCGCCUUGUUACCUAAGGAUUAUGAACAAAAGAAAAAGGAUCUUACCUUAAAUAGCGAAAUCGACGACGCAAAUAGCAAACAGAAUGCAACGGUCACAGAACGACCUGAAUCACCUACCACGAAGAAAGCCGGUAGCUUGAAAAUCGUGUUUCCUAGCAGACCAGGCGGUCGCAAGCCUAUUCACAAAAUAACUACUCCCACUCCACGUGGAGAUAGUCCAGGCGCGGUGACACCAAAAAUACAAAAGGGAUGGCCGACUAGAGCUACUACUGAGUUCACCGGAUGGCCAACUCCGUCUACCACACCGAUCUCCAUCGAGAAAUUGCUGGAAGCUGCACGCACAGCUACGGUAGCGUCAGUGAAUAUGUCGCUUAUUCCCAGCACAAACGAGAUCUCAAGUACGUCGUCAACAUCGACAACGACGACGACGACACCGAGACCGACGACUCCCGGCGUAUGCGACGAUGAAUGCGAGGUCGCCGGCACGAUACGCAUAAUCGGAAACGCAACAUGGGUACCAGAACUGUUCGAUAGGAAUACUCGUGAAUGGCAGGAGCUUGCGAAUCAAGUGGAACAAGAGGUGGACUUUAUAUUUUCUAAGUCCAGUGUUUUAAUGAAUUGGUAUAAAAAUAUAAGAAUUGACUCUUUCAGUCAAGGUAGCAUCCUGGUAGACUAUUUUGUUGAAUUAGCCAAUUUACAACAAAAAGUGAACACGCAGGAACUGAAAGUGAUUUUCCACGAUUCGCUCAGAACGUACAACGCCAAUCGGUGGAAUGAAACAAGUACGAAGGGUGCAUUAAGGAUGGGAAUCUUUACUAUUGAUCCUAGAUACACCGAUUUCGUAGUGAUACCUAAGGUGAUUAUACCACAGUAUAUUGAGAAAGACGAUAAGUUAAUACCUCAGUGGGCUAUCGCCGUGAUAGUAAUAGGCGUCGGAGGUUUACUAUUCAUUAUUGUGUUUGGUGUAUCUGUGCUCGUCAAUAGACAAAACAGAUCUAAAUUGAAACCGACUAUGUCCACUAUUUACGAUGAAGAGAUAGUUAAACACACAUCGAGUCACAGAUCGAGCGAUUACUCAAAACCGGUACACACAAUAUGGACCGAUCCCGACGUCUCUUGGAACGAUAAGUCUUUCGAGUCGACUUCUAACAAGAUUCUGGUUGAUAAAUCUUUCCAGGACAACAAAAAGUACAAUUUAUACGACAGUUGGCGAUCCGAAUGGAACGGUUAUUAUUACAAUCCUUCGCAUACGAGCAGCAAGUACGGUUAUGACAGUACUACGAAUUUAUCGAACCGUCACCAUCCCGAUUAUGACACGAACUUUUAAACUUGACAGCAAUAAAACUGCAAUGUUUUCUAUCAAUACAAA